AUGUUUUCAGCCGCCUUGCGGAAUGUCAUAAACUUGAACCAGCCAAUUACGAACACCAUGGUUACUGAACCAGUGUGGAAAAUUCUGGUUCUUGAUAAAGCUGGUCAAGAUGUCAUCUCUCCAUUGUUACCAAUCAAAAGUCUCAGAGACCUUGGAGUGACGUUGCAUUUGCUAAUCGGAUCCAAGCGUGAAGCCCUUACAGAUGUACCGGCGGUUUAUUUUAUUUCACCAACUGAUGAAAAUGUGGAUUUACUUUGUGAAGACCUCAGACAGGGAAUGUACGACAGCUUCUACAUUAAUUUCAUAUCUCCGCUCUCUCGCGUUCGACUUGAAAAUUUGGCAUCAGCAGCUGUUCACGGGGGCUCCGAUGGUCAAGUACAGAAGAUUGUUGACCAGUACCUGAACUUCAUUUCGCUCGAAGAUGAUCUUUUCGUUUUGCGUCGUUAUAGCGAAAAUAGCCCUAUGUCUUAUUUUGCUAUUAACGAUCCUUCUACUUCGGACGAUCAAAUGUCCGCUUUUAUCGACUCUGUUGCUGAUGGUCUAUUCGCUGUGUGUGCAACGAUGGGUGUUGUACCCAUUAUACGCUGUCCGAAGGAUAACGCUGCUGAGCACGUUGCUAAGCGAUUAGACCAGAAGCUUCGCGAUAAUCUGAGAGACGCCCGCAAUAAUCUUUUUACCAUAGAAAGUGUUCGUGCAGGUCAAUUGAAUGCCAGUCGUCCUCUACUUCUCAUUGCCGACAGAUCUGCUGACCUUGCAACAAUGCUACAUCACACUUGGACAUAUCAGGCAUUAGUUCACGAUGUUUUGGAGUUGGAUCAGAACAGAGUCACAAUCACAGAGAAAUCUGGCAAGAAGAAAGAAUACGACAUGUCUAGCGGUGGUACAGACAAAUUAUGGACAAAGCACAAGGGGAGCGCUUUUCCUUUGGUAGCCGAGGCAGUUCAAGAAGAUUUGGAAGCUUAUCGAAAUAGCGAAGAUGAAAUUAAACGGCUCAAGCAUGCAAUGGGAAUGGAUGGUACCGAUGCAGAUGCAGCGAUGACUUCACUCUUGUCGGAUACGACAGCAAAAUUAGGAUCUACCGUUACGUCACUGCCUCAACUGUUGGAAGCCAAGAGGUUGAUAGAUCUUCAUACAAAUGUUGCCACGACGCUCCUGGAUCACAUCAAACAAAGAAAGUUGGAUGUUCUUUUCGAGUUGGAGCAGAAACUUCUGCAACAUUCACCUCUUGAGAUACCUCUCCUCCAAUUACUGUCAGAUCUCACUAAUCCUGAAGAUGUCCUCAGAGUUAUAUUGAUCAACUAUUUAUGUCAAGAAAACAUUAGCAAGGCUGAGCUUGAUGAACAAAUGAACUUCCUUCGAGAAAGGGCUGUGGAUGAAUCAGCGCUGCGUUUUGUACAAAAGAUGAGGUCGAUUUCGCAGUUGGGUAAGACUGCUCCUGAAGAGCAUCAGGGCGCCGGUACGAAGACGAUUAAUAUGUUCAACAAAUUGCUCAGCCAUAGCUCACGUUUCGUAAUGGAAGGCGUGAAGAAUCUAGUUCCCAAGAAGCACAAUCUGCCAUUGACGAGGGUGAGACUUUUGAGCGUUAAAUUUGUAUCAACUUUUUGA